AACAGGGAAUACAGUAUACAGGUUCCCUCUUUGUUCUUUCUUUUUAAAUUGAAUUAAAAUAAACUUUGUGCUUCCCUCUGAAAACCCAAAGGAGCUCCUUCUUUGGUAAUAAACUUAUCUAGUUAUUAACAGUUAUCUGGCACUGUAAUUAUAUCAUAGGUUAAUGGGAAAAAGAGAUAAAGUUAUCUUGCAGCGCUAAUAUGGCAAAGGUGUAACCAUGUUACACAACAUAACAUUAUGGCAAGAAACAUCAACCAAUGAGCUAAGGAUCAUUCCAAAAUACAUAGUGUAUAUGCAAAACUCAAAGGACUUUCACUCUACCAUAAGCUGACAGCAAGCAGAACAGCAACAUGAAAAUGAAGAAAAAAUUUUCAGGCUUGGAAGUUACACUGAUUGUGCUGUUUCUGCUGGUCACAGUUGUGGCUCUUGCUCUUGUUAUUCUUCUGGCCACUGGUGAACCAGCACUUAUUAAGAACGAAACUAACAACACACAACUGAACUUCACCCCAGAGUGUCCCAGUAUUGCGCUAUCAGAACGGAUUGACUGUUUUUCGGAUGGAGGAGUUUCAAAGGAUAAGUGUUCUGCACGUGGAUGCUGUUGGCAGCCCUUGAAUGAAACGUAUGUGCCUUGGUGUUUCUUCCCCACAAAUCAUGGCUAUGAAGUUGUGGAUGGUCAGACUCCUGAUCAGAAAGGAUUCACAGUGAAACUCAAGAGACAACCUGCCCCAUCACUUUUUGGAAAUGAUAUAGAGAAUGCCAAUUUCUUUGCAGAGAUGCAGACACAGAACCGCUUUCGAUUUAAGAUAACUGACUCCAACAAGGAAAGAUUUGAAGUUCCACACGAGCAUGUAAAACAAUUUAAUGGUCCACCAGCCUCCAACCCCAAUUAUGAGCUGGAGCUCGUGAAUAACCCCUUUGGAUUUAAACUUUUAAGAGCGUCUUCCAGAAAAGUUCUGUUUGAUACAACAAUUGGUCCUGUUGUGUUUGCUGAUCAGUAUUUACAGUUGUCUGCACGACUGCCCUCUCAUACUAUUUAUGGUCUGGGAGAGCACAUUCACCAGCAUUUUCUUCAUGAUACUAACUGGAGAACAUGGCCCAUUUUUACAAGGGAUGCCUUUCCCAAUGGGGGAACACACAACCUAUAUGGGCACUAUACCUUUUUCUUGUGCCUGGAAGAUGAAACUGGGCAGUCCUUUGGUGUUUUCCUAAUGAACAGCAAUGCUAUGGAGGUUACUCUUCAACCUGCACCAGCUGUAACCUACAGGACAAUUGGAGGUGUCCUAGACUUUUAUAUUUUCCUUGGAGAUUCUCCAGAGGAAGUUGUCCGGGAAUUUUUGGAGCUCAUCGGAAGACCAGUGUUGCUGCCCUACUGGUCCCUGGGUUUCCAGCUGUCACGCUGGGAUUACGGAAGCCUAGAGGAAGUUAAGGCUACAGUGGACAGAAACAGAGCGAUUGGACUUCCAUAUGAGAUCCAAUUCACUGACAUUGACUACAUGGAAAACAAGAAAAUCUUUACAUAUGACCAAGAGAAAUUCCGGGAUCUACCUCAGUUUGCUGCUUAUUUACAUCAGGCUGGACAAAAAUAUGUACCUAUAUUAGAUCCAGCUGUAGCCACCAGUCCCAGAAUCAGUGGACCUUACCACAGUUAUGAAAAUGGGAAUAAAAUGAAUGCAUGGGUUACUCUGGCUGAUGGAAGAACCCCGCUUGUUGGAGAGGUCUGGCCUGGAGAAACUGUGUUCCCUGAUUACACUAAUCCGUCAUGCAUUCAGUGGUGGGUUGAUGAAGUUGAAAGCUUCUACAAACAAGUACCAUUUGAUGCCCUCUGGAUUGACAUGAAUGAGGUGGCAAGCUUCAAGAAAGGUUCAGACAAAGGAUGUGCCAACAAUAAUUUAAAUUAUCCCCCAUUCACUCCAAAAAUUCUUGAUAAUCUUAUGUACUCCAAGACACUUUGUAUGGAUUCCAAACAUACUUGGGGAAACCAUUAUGAUGUCCACAGCCUAUAUGGCUACUCAAUGGUUUUGGCAACUGAAAAGGCUCUUAACCGCGUCUUUCCUGGCAACAGAAGUUUCUUGUUUACAAGGUCUGCCUUUGCCGGGGCAGGGAAAUAUUCAGGGCACUGGCUCGGAGACAAUGCUGCCAACUGGAAUGACAUCAAAUGGGCAAUUCCAGGGAUGCUCGAAUUUAAUCUUUUUGGAUUUCCUUAUAUUGGAGCAGAUAUCUGUGGCUUCUUUGAUGAUACUACAGAGGAACUGUGUGCACGAUGGAUGCAAGUUGGAGCUUUCUAUCCUUUUAGCCGGAAUCAUAAUGCGCAAGGAUAUAAACCACAAGAUCCAGCAUAUUUUGGUUCCAGUUCCAUCGUGGCACAGACCUCGAAGCACUAUUUGAGCAUCCGAUAUACCCUUUUGCCAUACCUCUAUACUCUCUUUUUCAAGGCUCACGUCAAUGGGGACACUGUAGUCCGGCCCAUGAUGCACGAGUUUUACACAGAUAAAGCAACAUGGGGAGUUGACCGACAGUUCUUGUGGGGACCAUCUCUUCUCAUCACACCUGUUCUGGACCCUGGUGUUAACAGAGUGAGAGCUUACAUGCCAGAUGCAGUUUGGUAUGACUAUGAAACGGAGGAAAGACUUGCUGCCCGUAAACAAGAAACGGAAUUGUUCCUUCCUAUUGACAAAAUAGGUAUUCAUGUCAGAGGUGGUGCUAUCCUGCCAAUUCAAGAGCCUGCUGUCACAACGGUUUACAGUCGCCGUAAUCCUAUGGGACUGAUUAUAGCACUGGAUGACAGCGGCAAUGCAGGUGGAGAGCUGUUCUGGGACGAUGGAGACUCUCGAGACUCUGUGUCACGUGGAGCAUAUAUUCAUUACCAGUUCUCCGUUAUUUCAGGACGUCUGAACAUGCAGGUGUUGAAAAAUGGCUACUCUGACCCAAAUAAUCUGAAGUUUGAAGAAAUUAAAAUACUGGGAGUGGCAAAUCCCCCAACCUCUGUUGUUAUCAAACAAGAACUAAAUGUCAUAUCACUGCCAGCUCAAAACAUUCAGUACAAUAAUGUUACCAAGGUUCUUCACUUAACAGGUCUCCAGCUUGAACUAGGUCAGAGUUAUUCUGUAGAAUGGAAUCAAGUAUUAAAUGAAAAUGAAAGAUUUGACUGUUAUCCUGAGGAAGACAGCAAUCAAGAUAAAUGUGAAGCUCGUGGCUGUCUUUGGGAGCCCUCAGACACUCCCAAGGUGCCUUGGUGUUUUUAUCCUCAUGACUUUGGGUACAUUGCAGAUACAAUUACAAACACUUCAUCCGGAAUGUUAUUUCAAAUCAGAAGGAAUAAUAAAUACCCUCUAAAUCAUAAAAGACAAUCUGCUGACAUUGAAAGACUUCAAGUUGAAAUAAAGUACUUAAACCAACACCUGCUGCAAUUUAAGAUAUAUGACCCUAGUGCUAGACGAUACGAAGUGCCUGUUCCUCUCAAUAUCCCCUCCACACCUGAUCCAGUCAACCAGCUGUAUGAAGUUACUGUGGAAAAAGAACCUUUUGGUAUUAAGGUGAAAAGGAAAAGCACUGGAACUGUCAUCUGGGAUUCUCAGCUCCCUGGAUUCACCUUCAGUGACAUGUUCAUUCAGAUCUCCACUCGACUGUCUUCAAGCUAUGUCUAUGGUUUUGGAGAAACAGAGCAUCCCACAUUCCGUCAUGACUUGAACUGGCACACUUGGGGAAUGUUUAGUAAAGACCAGCCCCCUGGUUACAAAUUGAAUUGCUAUGGUGUUCACCCAUUUUACAUGGGUGUGGAAAAAACUACAGAUGCACAUGGAGUUCUCUUACUAAAUAGCAAUGCAAUGGAUGUGACCUUUCAGCCUCUUCCAGCUCUAACAUACCGUACCUUAGGAGGGAUUUUGGAUUUUUAUAUGGUUAUGGGCCCUACACCUGAACUUGUUGUCCAACAGUACACAGCUCUUGUUGGUCGUCCAGUUAUGCCAGCCUAUUGGUCAUUGGGUUUCCAGCUCUGUCGCUAUGGAUAUAAAAAUACCACAGAAAUAGAACAACUCUACUAUGAAAUGAAGGCUGCUGAAAUCCCAUACGAUGUUCAAUAUGCAGACAUCGAUUAUAUAGAAAGACAACUUGAUUUUGUUCUUGACAAAGACUUCCAGGGGUUGCCGGCUCUCGUAGACCGAAUGAGAAGUGAGGGUAUGCGUUUUAUUUUUAUUCUGGAUCCUGCAAUCUCAGGAAAUGAAACUCAUUACCCUGCUUUUGAUCGAGGAGUUAAAGAUGAUGUUUUCAUAAAAUGGCCUGACAGUAAUGAAAUCGUGUGGGGAAAGGUUUGGCCUGAUUUGCCAAAUGUUACAGUUGAUGAAUCAUUGGACUGGGAAAUACAAGUGCAGAUUUACAGGGCAUAUGCAGCUUUUCCUGAUUUCUUCCGCAAUCAGACAGCAGUGUGGUGGCUUCGGGAAAUCGAAGAAUUUUACAACAAUACUAUGAGAUUUGAUGGUCUGUGGAUAGAUAUGAAUGAGCCUGCAAGCUUUGUUCAUGGCAGUCCUGAUGGCUGUCGAGAUCAAACUCUUAAUUUCCCUCCUUACAUGCCACCACUGGAAUCAAAAAGCUUAGGGCUCCAACAUAAAACCUUGUGCAUGGAAAGCCAACAAAUCUUGGCUGAUGGCACUCCAGUCAGGCACUAUGAUGUACACAACCUUUAUGGAUGGUCUCACACAAAACCAACAUAUGACGCCUUAUUGAAGGUUACUGGAGAGAGAGGAAUUGUUGUCACAAGAUCCACUUACCCAUCGAGUGGUAAAUGGGCAGGGCAUUGGCUUGGAGAUAAUAAUGCCAGUUGGGAUCAGCUGUUCAAGUCUAUCAUAGGUAUGAUGGAAUUUAGUUUGUUUGGAAUUCCCUACACUGGGGCUGAUAUUUGUGGUUUUUUCAAUGAAGCCUCAUAUGAAAUGUGCCUAAGAUGGAUGCAGCUGGGUGCUUUUUAUCCAUAUUCCAGGAAUCACAAUGGAAAAGGAAACAAGCGUCAAGAUCCAGUUGCAUGGGAUGAAAAUUUCACAAAUGCUUCAAGAAAUGUCCUGAACAUUCGCUACACCUUGCUGCCUUACCUUUACACACUCAUGUUUGAAGCCCACAGCAAAGGCAGCACUGUUGUGAGACCCCUUUUACAUGAAUUUGUUGAAGACACUAUAACAUGGGAUAUCUAUAGGCAGUUCCUGUGGGGGCCAGCUCUACUGAUAAGCCCAGCUUUAGAUGAUGGUCAAACAGUAGUUACUGGCUAUUUUCCAAAAGCCCGAUGGUAUGACUAUCAUACAGCAGAGUACAUUGGAAAUACCCCAAAGUGGGUGAACAUGGAAACACCUCUCAAUCACAUUAAUCUUCACGUGCGAGGCGGAUACAUUCUCCCAUGGCAAGAACCAGGCCUCACAACAGCGCAGAGUCGAAAAAAUCCUAUGGGACUGAUUGUUGCUUUGAGCGACCAAGGGCAAGCUCAGGGUUCCCUUUUCUGGGAUGAUGGAUCAAGCAUUGACACUUAUGAGAAAGGGCUGUACAUGCUGACUUCCUUUGCGGCAAACCAGAACACAUUGACGAGCCAUGUUGUACAUAGCAAUUUAAACAACAAUGACACUCUCAUAUUUGGAGAAGUUAAAGUGUGGGGAGCAGGAAGCAUCAAAGUCCAGACUGUGGAUGUAGUCUAUGAUGGACAAGCCAGCACUAGAGUGAACUUCACACACAACGUGAUGACAGAGGAACUUAUCAUACAUUUGGCAGAAAGGGGCUUGUAUUUGGGCAGACCCAUCAGGAUUUCUUGGAAAACUGGUGUUAUAUAAUGGAUGCUGCUGGAUAACAAGAAAUGGAGGAUCUAUAAUAUAAUAAUAUUAUCUAUAAUAUUACAGAAUGCAUGGCUGAAUAUUCCAGGGUCAGGGUGGCAAUGAGACAGAAAGUUUUUACUGUUGGAGAAUGAUUGAAAUAUGAACACCUUGUUUGUUUCUCUUUUUAGGUAAUCUGUAAUACAAAUAAAGGUUAUUUAGGAUCUAUUGCUUAAUCAUGAAAUACAUAGUUUGCAUUGUUAUUUUCUGUAUAUGCAUUGAGUGACAUUAUGUAGUUUAAAGGCUAUUCCCAUUCUAUUGUAUAUUUCAGUGUCAUCUAAAAAAGACCAGUAUUGAGGAGGUCCAGCAGUGUUCUUUCUAUGUUCUAACUUGUAUAUUCAUAUACAGUAAGUAACACAUAAUUCAGUGCAGUCAUCUUAAUACAUUGGCCAAUUAUUUACACAACAAUACAUACAGUAUAGCACUAACAGUCUAGAAAUAUGCGUCUAAUUGAUUUCUGCUCUAACUGGCACUUCCUCUAGGGGGAUGAAACAUAGAAAGCAAUAAAAUUAGAUGCAAAUUAGAAGCAUAAUAGAUAAUCUAGAUGAGGUUUUUUCUUACACCAGCAGGAGAUAUGAGAAAUGAUAAUUAUUUGGGGUUUUAUUAGUGAGAAAAUUAGAGUACCUGUUUUUUUAUAAUAGCAGCAUUUGUUUAUGUGAAAGUCAUCAUAUAUUAGGGAAGGAAAAACCACUUCAAAAGCAACUAUUAAUACAUUCACUGUAUUGUUUGAAAAUAUGUACACUUUUAAGCCACUUAAUUAAAUACUUUUAUUGUGUUAUGCUUUGCAGUAUAACCAACCACUAUAAAUUACAAUAUUAAUGAAACUUGUUCAUGGCUUAUUACUUUUUCAUGUUUACUUACUGUGUUGGUUGUAUACAACUCAUUUUAGCCAGGAAAAUAGAUUUAUAUAUAAUAGCAUGAUAUGGGUAAAGGUCAUACAUAUUUUUGCCAUACUAUUUUUACCAUACUAUUUUUUGGGGAUUAGUUUGCAAACAUUAUUUUUUAUAUGUAACACAAAUUUAAACGCACUGAUUAAAAAUCAUUCUGCUGUAAACUCAGACAGCAGAAAAUGCCAUGCAGAGGUCAUUCUGACCUUAUGAUGAUGAUUCUUGGCAGAGGUCUGUCUGCAGAUGUAUAAAAACACUCUAUCAGAGAUUGUUUUGUAGUGCAUACCUCAGUUUGUACUGUACAUCACUGUUAGUUACUGUUAAUAUCAAUUUCACUAAUUAUUUGUAUUUGUUUUGACUAAACUCUGCAGUUUAGGCCAAGAGUAUACUUUAAAUUAUGCUUUCAUUGUAGAGUGUUAAUUAAACCUCCUGAAAAUAGUCUCACAGUAAGAAAAAGAACAGAAACUUGACAUUACGAGAACACUAAAAUAAAACAUCCAGGCAGGAUCCAAUCA